CAAGCGGCAGCGGCAGCGGCAGCGGCAGCAGCAGCGGCAGCCGCCGCUUUCCGAAGCCACCCUUCCAAGCUGCUGGCCGGGGACUACCUGCCGGCGCUGGCAGCGGGCAACGGGCACCCCCUGUCGCACCAGUGGGUGACGGCUCUGCCCGAGGGCAGCGGCCCGUGGCCGGCGGCGGGCCUCUCCCAGCAGGACUCCAAACCGGGCAGGGACGAGCUAGCGUCCCACCACCAUCACCCCCAUCACCAGCAGCAGCAGCAGCAGCAGCACCACCACCCCCACCCCCACCACCAGCAGCACCAGCAGCAGCACCAGCAGCAGCAGAGUCAGCACCACUCGCCGCACUGGAGCGGCGCGGGCAGCGGCGGGGGCAGCGGCGGGCCGCACCUCUACCCGCAGACCGCCGCCUUCCAGGUCAACGGCUUGCUGGAGCACCUGGGCCCGCCCCAGGGCCCGGGGCAAGGCCCGGGGGUGCACCCGGGGCUGAGGGAGGGCUCCGAGGCCGAGCUGAGCCAAGCCGCCCGCGGCUGCCUGGAGCCGCACUCGGACGAGGAGACGCCGACCUCGGACGAGCUGGAGCAGUUCGCCAAGCAGUUCAAGCAGCGGCGGAUCAAGCUGGGCUUCACCCAGGCGGACGUGGGCCUGGCACUGGGCACCCUGUACGGCAACGUCUUCUCGCAGACCACCAUCUGCAGGUUCGAGGCGCUGCAGCUCAGCUUCAAGAACAUGUGCAAGCUCAAGCCCCUGCUCAACAAGUGGCUGGAGGAGGCCGACUCCAGCACCGGCAGCCCCACCAGCAUCGACAAGAUCGCCGCCCAGGGCAGGAAGCGCAAGAAGCGGACCUCCAUCGAGGUCAGCGUCAAGGGAGCCCUGGAGACCCACUUCCUCAAGUGCCCCAAGCCGGCCGCCCAGGAGAUCUCCAGCCUGGCCGACAGCCUGCAGCUGGAGAAGGAGGUGGUCAGGGUCUGGUUCUGCAACCGGCGGCAGAAGGAGAAGAGGAUGACACCGCCCGGACUCCAUCAGCAAGACGAGAUAUUCGUCCACAGUAUGGACUCAGAGACCCCGACCCACCGCGACCUUUAACCGCCUUCCCUGCUCCGCUCAGCGCUGGCUGGGGGACUCGCUUGAACCGAGAAAGGGAGAAGGGAGAUCUCUCACACCCC